AUCUACGUGUACAAGGUGCUGAAGCAGGUGCACCCCGACACGGGCAUCUCGUCCAAGGCCAUGGGCAUCAUGAACUCGUUCGUCAACGACAUCUUCGAGCGCAUCGCCGGCGAGGCGUCGCGCCUGGCGCACUACAACAAGCGCUCGACCAUCACGUCGCGGGAGAUCCAGACGGCCGUGCGGCUGCUGCUGCCCGGCGAGCUGGCCAAGCACGCGGUCUCUGAGGGCACCAAGGCGGUCACCAAAUACACCAGCUCCAAGUAAGCUGUCUCCGCCUCCUGUACCUGAGCUGUUCGACCCAAAGGCUCUUUUCAGAGCCACCCACCUCUCCAGAGAAAGAGCUGUAGUCAUCUGAGAAGACAAGAAAGUAGCAAAACUGCUUAAUACGGUUUUCUGCUUCACAGAUUGACCUACAAAUUCCUUUUUAAAACUAAUUUCUGUCAAUGCCACUACCUGCCAUUUUUGCUACAGAAAAUAUAAGCCUUUCUGCGAUCUGCAAUAUUUGUCUUUUGGCAAUUUGGUUUUUUUCCCCCUUCUAGUCGAGAUUCUUUCCCUUCCCCUUCUAUGUCUCCUCUCCCCUCCCCCCCUUUUUCGAUUGUUUUAAGACUCGUUUGCAAGCUUACCGUUCGUCGCAUCCCAAUCAAUUCCUCUCUGUUCCGGUUUUACGAGAUGCAUUGACGCAAGUGGAAGGGACAAAAGCGCUUUUGUAGAUUUUACAUUGCUGAAAGAGACUUAUAUUUUUUUAUUGAUGAGAAGUCCCUGGAUAAGAUUUUAGCUGCUAUACCGACAUCAGCCGCUUGGGGGUACCUCAGUCCGCACUGUUAUAGUUGAAGCAAAGCGUGUGUCCACGGUGCACUAUAGUGUAAAAGAAUCUGGUUAGUUACAGUUUACACUUUUCCAAAAAAUGUUACUAUAGCCCAAGCUUCCAUACUUAAAAAAAUAUGUAGUGAUGAAUGUAAGAGAAGUCCUUUCUGACAGUUAAUUCAACAAUUUUCUUUUUGUACGUGGUUUUUUUUUUUUCCUAGUAACUUGCACAGCUUCUCCUGUUUUAGGAGGGAAUAUUUCCCCUUGUAAAUGCACAGUGAAGAUGAAUAUUAUUUCAUAGUUACUUCACCUUUCCAGUAUUUGUAGCUCAUUAAACUACUGAGUACUACAAAAGUGGCCACUGUGGGCCGACUUGUUAAAGCAUCACAUUUAUCUUAUAGUUACUGAUCAGCCCUGAAAUCUUUCAUCCAAGCCCUUGGUUUUCCGAAUCUCCACCACAUUCUAUGGUAAUUAGGCAUUGCUGCAAAUGCAGAACUGUGUUGUUAACACUCAAAAUGCAUCUGAAUAACCCUUAACUCCAAGCAUUAUGCUGUGGCCUCGGCAACACCACUGGACUCGAGCUUUCCAGCACCGACUGCAUAUGGUGUUUUAGUACUGGUACAGAGGCAGGUACUGAGUCUUUCUUACUUUGGUCACUGAUUUAUUGAUAUUAAUUUCAUCUUGAAGGCUGUUGUGGGAGGUCUCAGAUUUGAUUUCAGACAACUGAUGCUAGGAGCCAUCCUCCCUGCUCCCUGUUCUCUUGCAGUUUCAAACUGCACUUUGAGAUCUGCUCUCAAAGUACCUUUGAGCAAACUCAAUCAGCUUUCAUUUUCUGCACCUCUCUGUGCAUCCAGUACUUAAAAAGAUGAAAUAAAUACAGUGUGUUCCAACCUCUAAGUUCUUAGGUAACGGAAUGUGCAGGGGCGUGGAGAGGGAAUCUAGAAAAUAUUCUAAAAGUACUCAUACUUUCAAAGUGUGAUGCUCAUUGGAACCAUUUGUCGGAAGCUAUUAUGCUUAGUAAUCUGUUAUUUAAAAUUCAGAUUCAGCCAUGUUGGCUUAAAAAAGAAAAAUACAGGUGCAUUCUCUCCUCCCAGCUCAGGAAUCCACAAGCAUUAUCUCAGCCCUUCCUCUGUUUGCAUGCUGGGUGCAUCAUUUGUGGGGCUUUCACAUAAAUUGGGUUGGAUGAUCAUAAUGGUCCCAUCCAGCUCAAACUAUUUUAUGCCUGUAUGAAAUUCCAGAUAAUCUUUCUCUCUUGAAGGCUGUUCCAGUAUGCACAUUUCUUACUGGAAUCCUAAAACUCAUCAGCAUGGAAACUAUUGAUUAUGAUUGCUCCUUCCAAGCUCAGUGCAAUAUUCCAGUGUAGGUACAAUCUCAGAUGUGCUGUGAUGCGGACAGAGCAUUCCUACCCAGACACAAACAUCAUCAGAUCUGACUGUAGUGCAAUCAUUGCUCCAUCUCUCGGUGCUGAGACCCAAGUCACUGUAGUGACAAAAAACAAGUACUGUCAAAAUAUGUGUGCUUGCUUUUUUUUUUUUUUUAAACCA